CUUCUUCCUGCGGCGUGUGGUAUUAGGGCUCGCUGUACCUUUGAUAGUACUUUGGUGAACCAACACAGUCUCUAAAAGAACAAACUAGCAUACACUAAACGUAUUUGCUUUGAAAUACAACAGAACACUAGAGAAGAACCGGAUUUAUAAGAAAAAAAUAGAAACAAAAAUGCUCAAUCGUAUAACCUUUGGCAGACCAAUAUUAAGACACGCUCUUGCUAACUACCGUCUUCUCAACACAUCGAGGGCAGUCAAGAACCCUUCGGUGGGGAUGACUGCGGCCUCGCAGAACUCGACGCUGGUGUCCCACCCGGUUUCAUCGUACUCCUCUGCCGCCACAGAGUCUGCCUCCCCUGCCCCAAAGAAGUGGGCCAGACACGUCAUAUCAUCCAAGCCGCAAGCGGAGUUGAACAACACCGAGAAGCAGACGUCGGCGGAGAAGCCUAAACGCCGGAAGAGAAGAACGUUGAAGCCAUUGAAGGCUCCGAUCACGUUGACUCCUAACGCUAAAGCUCACCUACGUGCGCUCAGCACGGGGCCGAACCCAAAGUUGAUCAGAAUCUCCGUGCGUAAUAGAGGAUGCUCCGGAUUGACGUACCAUUUAGAGUACGUUGACAAGCCCGAGAAGUUUGACGAGAUUGUUGAGCAGGACGGCCUUAAGGUGGUGAUUGACUCCAAGGCCUUGUUCAGCAUAAUAGGAUCCGAGAUGGACUGGGUGGACAAUAAGCUGAGCAGCAAAUUUGUGUUCAAGAACCCAAAUUCCAAGGGUACCUGUGGCUGCGGUGAGUCGUUCAUGGUGUGAUGACCCCUUAUCUGCAUUCACUUCCACUAUGGCACGCCACAGCAUGUUAAGACUCUGCGCUUGAAUACGAACUCGACCCCGCCUUCCUUUUCCUAUACUGCGUAUAUAUUGAUUAUAUAGGGUAUAUGAUACGAUAAAAUCUUUUCUAAGUAAUACAUUAUUACAUAC